GAGCGGACAAAUGAAAUUGCCAAUGUGGAGACCAUCAACAAUGGGAAGUCCAUCUUCGAAGCCCGCUUAGACAUUGAAAAUUGCUGGCAGACCCUGGAAUAUUUUGCAGGCUUGGCUGGAUCCAUGGCUGGUGAACACAUUCAGCUCCAAGGUGGAUCCUUUGGUUAUACCAGAAGAGAACCACUGGGGGUCUGUGUGGGGAUAGGAGCAUGGAACUACCCCUUCCAGAUUGCCUGUUGGAAGUCAGCUCCAGCUUUGGCCUGCGGAAAUGCCAUGGUCUUUAAACCUUCUCCCUUCACGCCUGUUUCUGUUUUGCUCCUGGCUGAAAUCUAUACCGAGGCUGGUGUGCCUCCUGGGCUCUUCAAUGUGGUGCAGGGAGGUGCUGCCACCGGCCAGUUUCUCUGUCAGCAUCGCGAUGUGGCCAAGGUUUCCUUCACCGGAAGUGUGCCUACUGGA